ACUGAGCUUUCCAGUCUACAGCUCCUUGGCUUACAGUCUCUUCAGGCCUGCCAGUGAUCCAUCAGAGGAACAGCAGCUGCAACUUCUUCGUCUCUCUCUUUUAUCACUUCUCGAUCGCCAGAAAACCCAAGUGAGAAGAUGAAGACCCUGCUUUUUGGACUUGUUGGACUGGUUGCCUCCAUCUACUUGGCGGAGUCCCUCACCUGUAACAAGUGCAGCAUUGGUUUGGUGGGAUUUUGCAUCAUCUCUUCUGAAGAGACGUGCUCUGGAAACGACACCAGCUGCUUCACCGGAAGUGCAACGUUCCCCUCAAUCACUGGCUUUAGCGGCUUCAGUACCCAGGGGUGCCUAGAGGAUUCCAAAUGCAACAGCACCACCAACGGCACCAUCCUGGGCGCCACCUACCAGGUAUCUAGCACCUGCUGUGGCAGCGACAAAUGCAACCUUCUCGUAAAAAGUGCCGCCCCCUCCACCUACGUCUCCACCACCAUGGCCAUGGCUGCUGCACUAACCGCUUCUGUCUGGGGUUCUGGUAUUCUCUAACGAUUAGGAAGUGCCAGUCAACUGUGAACUACGCAACCCAGUGUGUAUGUCUGUAGAAACCAGUUUGACUUCUCUUGGGUCUUCAUUGUAUUUUCAGAAACCCACUUGAUUUGAUACUAUUUCACAUUUGACUUUGUUUUUCCCCACAUUUCUUGUAACUGAAUGCACCCUAUUGAUCUGAAACAAAGAGGUGAAGGAUGAUGUAAAUUCACACAUAUGAAGUGUCCAAGACACUCCAUGAACCUCUCAAAUGAUGUUUGCAACUAGGGAUGUCUUCUAUGACCCUGAUUUCACAUUGUUCUAUAUUUCACAGGGUGUACACUAGCCAUGUGUUAUGUCUUUUGUCUGAGAGUCUGCUCCAGGGCAUAACAUUCUUCCAGUGAUUUAUUGAAAACGGGUUUAAAAAAAAAAAGCAUUAAGAUGCCUCACUGCAAGUCAUGUGUUAAUCACAGAUCAAAUUUGGACAGUUCUGAUAUGAUGAAGGUUCAGAUCUGUUUGAAUGUAAUUGUGCUAAUGUCUCAUUUGGCUUAAAUUAUUAUUGUGUGUGUGAUUUUGAUUCUAUUUGUUUAAAUUGAACUUUUUGUAUUUUUUUUUUUUUUUUAAUUCAGAAUAAAAUAUUUUAUUACACA